AAAGGGAAAUAAUUCAAGUUGUAUAAGGUUUCACAAAAAAUUUAUUCAACAUCUCAAUAACGGCGGUCUUUGCAGAUGUCGUCUUUUUGGAAUAAACAAAAUAUCAUUUGUUUUGUUUACACCGGCUUUUGGCCAGGGAAAAACCUUAUUUGUUUACAUUUGGGGUCUCUCUCAAAAUCUCUCGCACGCCGCCUCCUCCAGCUGGGCCUUUUGUCAGCUGUUCAUUUAUUGACAGCUUUCAACGAAACUUGGAAAUUGGAAAACGUCAAAAUAUUGCAAAGUUAAGAUGGCUACAAAUUAGUUGUGUGCAGUGACAAAACAAUGAAAUGAAAUAAAAAUCAAAAAAUUAAAUCAAUUUGCAAAAAUCAAUCAAUUAUAUUGAAAAAUAAAGUGUUAAAUAAUUAACAGAUUGAUUCUAUAGAAGAUAAAAAGAAUACAAAUUUAACAUUCCAACUCAGCAGCAAUUGAAGUGAAGUGUGUGUGUGUGUGUGGUUCUCAAGAACCUAGACAAAUUUUUAGGAAACAUGGACAAUUUGGAUAUUGGCGAGCAGCAGACUGAUGAGAAGAUUGAAAAGAAAAAAAAAGGAAAAACAAAAAAAAAACAGUUCCCAACCAUAAAGCACAACAAUUAGCGACAACAAUAAAAACGGCGAUAAAAGCCAACACAACAGCAAAAUCGCCAACGAAAACGAACCAAAAUCCUCAUCGUCAUCAUCAACAUCAACUUCGAUAAUUAAUUGUCAAACGUGUGAAUAUUUUACAAAUUUAUGCGAAUAUUUAAUGUUAUGGAAUUUCCAAUGGACACAAAAGAAAAUAAAAGGUUUAAAUGCAAACCAAAAUGAAAAUCUAAACACCAAUGCCACCUUGGGUAGUCCAAUUUCAACUAAUGCUCCUGCAUCGCCUACAACAGCCAAUAGCCCCACUGCGGGUAUAGGAGUAGUCGGUGUAGGAUUAGGUAUAGGUUUUGAGGAUACCCAGUCCAUAGGUACGACCACCACCGUUUUGACCACGGAUAAUAAUGAAGUGUGCACAACACCCCCACAGCGGCACUCUAUAAAUUCGAAUGAUUAUCAACAAACCUCAACACCAAAAUCAACACGAAGCUCCGUUGGCGGUGGUGGCACAACAACUGGGGUUGGCUCCACAUCGCCUGUUAACAGCGCCUUGGGCGAUAGUGUCAAUAACAAUGCCAAUGUUAUGACAAACGAGGAGAGUCCUUUGGCCCAACAAAAUCUCAACAUUUUAGAGGGUGGCAGCAGUGGCAGUAGCCUUCCAGAGUCACAGUUAAUUUCAGCAGGAGCUGCAGCAAAUGUUGGUGCUAGCCUCGACAGUGUGCCAGGCCAUGCUGUUUCAUCAAAUACCUGCAGCGUUGGCCCUUCUUCCCAUGCGAUUGUACCUCCCAUGCCGCCUCCACAAAAUCAGCAAAUACUCAAUAAUUAUGCUACGCUAUCGGGCAAUGCCCCGAAUGGAUCUAAUCGCAACUAUGGCUCCCUUUUGAUUCCACAAAGACAAUCCCUAUUGCCUUGGGGUACUCAUUCCAGAUCAUCCAUUAUAAAUAUUAUGCCCUACACCACGGCGGCGGUCACAGUUUCAUCGGCCAAUGCUGCCGCUGCCAGCCAAAUGGACCAGAAUGCUGAGACUUCUUUGCGGCCGGGGGAAAUUGUCAUGCGCAAUCUCUUUUCCGAUUUCACACUGCAGGCCGAGAAGAAAAUCGAAUUGGUCAUGUUGGAAAGUGCGGACAAGCCGCUUUCGAAACUUCUGCAACGCGGCGAGGAUCAACAAUUUGAUCAAUUGCUCUCAGCCCUGGGCAAUGUGGCCGAACAUUGCCUGCCCUCGUUGCUUCAUACGCUACUGGCAUGGCACCGGCGUCAACUCUCCGAUGCCGAAAUUAAAAAUGAUCUCAAGCGCAUGGAAAAGAGUGCUCAUCUCACCAAAGCUUUGAACUCUCAAGAGAUGGAUUUUCAAUUGCAACGUCGAGAGGCCGCUGUGGAAUUUAUUUUCUGCCUAGCCCUCAUUGAAAUUCUGAAACAGUUACCCUUUCAUCCGGGCCAUGAGGAUUUGGUGCGUAGCAUAGAGAAUCUGGCCUUUAAGCAUUUCAAAUACAAGGAAGGUCUCCAGAAUAAUCCCAAUGCCCACAACAUCCAUAUGAUAGCCGAUUUGUAUGCCGAGGUGAUUGGUGUUCUGGCUCAAUCUCGUUUCAGUUCGGUGCGCAAACGUUUCAUGUCCGAACUGAAAGAGUUGAGAACCAAGGAGCCUUCGCCCCACACCACCCAAAGUAUUAUUAGCCUCUUGAUGGGCAUGAAGUUCUUUAGGGUUAAGAUGGUGCCAAUUGAGGAAUUUGAAGCCUCUUUUCAAUUUAUGCAUGAAUGUGGCCAGUAUUUUUUGGAACUCAAAGACAAGGACAUCAAACACGCUUUGGCCGGACUAUUUGUGGAGAUUUUAGUGCCUGUGGCAGCGGCUGUAAAAAAUGAAGUCAAUGUACCCUGCGUCAAGAAUUUCGUUGAGCUGCUUUAUAUGCAAACAUUGGAUGCCUCCACCAAAUCUAAACAUCGGCUGGCACUCUUUCCAUUGGUCACCUGUUUGCUGUGCGUAUCCCAAAAGACUUUCUUCCUAUCCAAUUGGCAUUACUUUUUGGCCAUGUGCCUGAGCAAUUUGAAGAAUCGUGAUGCCAAAAUGAGUCGUGUCGCCUUGGAGUCUUUAUAUCGCCUGCUAUGGGUCUACAUGAUACGCAUCAAAUGUGAAUCGAAUUCGGCCACACAUUCACGUCUACAAAGUAUUGUGAAUUCAUUGUUUCCAAAAGGCUCAAAGGGUGUAGUGCCGCGAGAUACCCCGCUGAAUAUUUUUGUUAAGAUCAUACAAUUUAUUGCUCAGGAACGUUUGGAUUUUGCUAUGCGAGAGAUUGUGUAUGACCUGCUGUGCGUUGGAAGGCCAAUUAAGCUCAUUCUCAAUCCCGAGCGCAUGAGCAUUGGCCUGCGAGCUUUCCUAGUUGUGGCCGAUUCGUUACAGCAGAAGGACGGUGAACCUCCCAUGCCUCGCACUGUGCCCGUUUUGCCAUCGGGCAAUACGUUGCGCGUCAAGAAGACCUACCUCAAUAAAAUGUUGACCGAUGACACGGCACGCAGCAUUGGCAUGUCCACAUACUUUCCUCAUGUACGUCGCGUCUUUGUCGAUAUACUACGAGCCCUGGACGUACAUUAUGGCCGCCCUCUAAUGAUGACCAAUACACAGAAUCAAAAUAAAGAACCCGACGAAAUGCUAUCGGGUGAGCGAAAACCUCGCAUUGAUCUCUUUCGAACAUGCGUGGCUGCAGUGCCACGUCUCAUACCCGAUACAAUGACCUCGCAGGAACUGGUCGAUUUACUGUCGCGCCUCACCGUCCACAUGGAUGAAGAAUUGCGCAUGCUAACGCAUCAGUCUUUGCAGACACUGGUCAUUGAUUUUCCGGAUUGGCGUCAGGAUGUCGUGCACGGUUACACUCAGUUUCUGGUGCGCGAUGUCACCGACACCUAUCCGCAACUGUUGGAGAAUUGUACGCGCAUGCUAUUCGUGUUCCUGAAUAUAUGGCGUUGUGCCAUCACCGUCAAUGGUGGCAUUGGCGGCAAUAACAAUCUCAAAACACCCACCAGCACCUCCAAUGUGAAUGCGGCAAAUACCGGCGUCGUUGGUCAAAGUGUUGCCGUUGGUGUGGGCGUUAAUGCGGCGACAGCAGUAGGUGGUGGCAUUGGUGGUGCCGGUGCAGUUGUGGGCAAAGAUACCGCCACCAGUCAAUUGUCGAGUGCCAGCAAUAUCAAGAACAUGAAUACCAACUCAAGUGCAACCUCCAGUAUUACCUCGAGUGGCAUGUCAAGCAUAACACAAGCCACCGUCAUUAAUCUGGCCGAGACAGGCAAAAAAAACGAAAUUCCCUUGUCCACCACUCUGCAUUUUGUGGAAGGCUAUGCCUUGGUUUUACUAUGCAAUUAUCGUCCAUAUUUGCGUAAAUUGGCAGCUAUGAUCCUGAAGGAGGUGAAAAAUCUUAUGAAAGCAUUGGGUUUACCUGAAACGGAGCCACCCCUUUUGGAUGUCAUUGACAAGUGCUGCCCACAGGUUUUGGAAAAAUGCCUACCGCAUCUACCUCAGACUGAAAAGACUGCCAUUCUAAAUGCCACACAAAUUGAUUUACAAUGGAUAGUGGAGCGUUCGAGUGGAGUAUGGCUUGGUGGUCUUAAUGAUGAUAAUUCCAAAUCAUCAACGUCCACGCUGAAUUUGUCACAAUCGAGUGCUGGAGCCAUUGGCGGUACACCACAAGCGCAAUUUGAUCCAUGGUCAGUGUGUUUAUUUGGCUUCCUGGAGAGAGACCGCAUAUUGCAAAAAUGCCCCUCCGUGGUGGCGCAAGCCUGGCCCAUAUGCUAUGCCCGUGUAACAACAUUGUAUAGCGUCAUUGAUCCUACCCCUGUAAGUGACAAUCGCGCCUCCUUGUUGCGUUCAUCGGCACCCACCAAACGUGUACCCACCGAAAGUCAAAAGGAUCUCUAUUUGCGUAUUUGGCGCAAUCAAGUUGCCAUGGCCAUGCGUUUGGUGCCUCAAAUAUUGAGUGUGGCCAUACGCUGUGCCUCGCCCGAUCUAAGUUUAAGUUUACAAGACCAAUCGGAUUCACGUUCACUCUCCGAUUCGUUGGACAAUAUACCCUCGAAUGUCUUUGGACCGGAAGGAAUCGUAACACGGUUCACCCUGCCGUUAUCGUAUGGUCGUAAAGAGGCGCGACAAAAACGUCUGGGUUCUUCGCCUGACUCACUGAAUGCUGACCGCAGCGAUAAAUCAGCUUUGGGAACAGCGUCACCACAGGCCCUGUACAAGUUGGUGGUGCCUCUAUUACGUUGUGAGGUGCCAGAUGUUCGUGAUGCUGCAGUAAAUGCUUUGGGAUUGAUAAAUCAUGAUGCCCUCAAAGAUUUGAUGGAGGAACUAGUUGUUUACAUUCGAGAAGCUGUCGAUAGAAAACAAGAAAAUAUGCGCCGUCGUCGCAGACGUGAUGCUUUGCGUUUGCAAUUGGUUCGAGUUCUGGAGAAAAUAGCAGAAAACGGCACCUUUGGGGUUAGCACUUGUGUAUUGGAACGUGACACCAUGUCUUUACAUCCGACUUUUGUGGAGUACAUUGAUGGAGCUAUGCAGUAUCUGUUGGCUGAAACGGACAAAGACAAUAUCAGUAUACGUGAAGUCAAGGCCCACUUUUGCAAUUUCAUAAGGAAAAUGAUCAAAAACUUUUCAUUGGAUUCGUGUGCCACAUUGUUGACGCGUGAUUUAAAAAGGAAUCUUUUCAAUUUAUUUGCCACUUGGUGUGGCAGCUUCUCAAAGCCAUUGGGCAUUGCCUCACAGAUUGGUCAGACGCAGGAGGAGGAAAAGUUGCAGUUCAGCGCUUUGCAGGCGAUGUCAGCCCUCUUGUGUUGCGGUCAUGUCUUUUACACACCCUAUUUGUCCGAUGAUGGCAUUAUUUACAAAUGGCUCGACAUGCUCUUGGCCUCAAAGGAUGAAAAGAUUUAUCAACUGGCACGGGAUACAGUGGUCUUGCUGUUGGAAUCUAACCCUGAUAUGGGUCAAUUAUUAGAGUGGGUCAUAGACCGUUGUUACACAUCAUCCCCCAGAGAGGCGGAUGCAUGUUUCCUAGCUUUGGCGGCAAUAUUCAGUGCAAGAGAAUAUCCCUGCGACCAUUACACUUCUGUCAUUACAGUCACUCUACUGAUGACAGGAUGUCCACGCGUUGAAGUACAUUCGACGGCUUUGUUGCUGUUGCAGAUUCUCGACAAACGCUUCUUUGGCAGUGUUGGUCCACUGCAUGCAGAAAAUGAAAAAGAAGAUGACAAAGUUGGAACCUUGGACGUUUUGCUAAGCAGUGCAUAUUGUCGUUCGCAACGUUUCCUUUCUAAGCAACUGGCACAGCUGCGGCCAGAAUUAACCAUGUCAAUGUUUUCCGAAAUCACACAUCGUUUUCAAACGGCUCGAGAGGAUGUACGAACUUCGUUGUUGCAAUGUCUACAGCCAUGGCUGCAUAACAUGGAACUGGUGGCGACCACAGUGCCUCCAGCUACACCAUUGUCUUACAUUAUGUAUUUUCCCGACUCUGGCACCAGAGGACGCAGAGAGGGUACGGGUUCAACAGAGGCUACUGAAAUGAUACUCAACAAUCUAUUCUAUAUAACGGCCAAGUUUUCCGACACCCACCCACGUGACAUUGAAGAGCUGUGGGGCACUUUGUGUCAAUUUUGGCCAAACAAUUUAAAGGUGAUACUACGCUAUUUGGUUAUAAUGAGCGGAAUGGCACCCAAUGAGCUCUUGCCCUAUGCGAAACGUGUUGCUCUUUAUUUGGCCCGCACCUGUCCAGACCGUUUGCUGGACGAGUUGAUGGCGGAACUGCAAACUGUGGAAACGCUUAAUUGCUUAAUUGAGCGCACGGAAACACCACCCUUUUACCGUUUGACCAGCAUGCGGAAGGCAUCCAGCCAUUCAGCUGAUGGACAAGCAGUUGGUGGAAUCAACGAUUCACGCAUUCAAGAUUUGACUGUGGAAAAAGGUACAAUUCAUACUAAGCGCCAUAGCGGAGAAGACCCUAUAAAAACCGGGACUUGUAAAUCAGACAGUGGCAUUCGAGCAUUCACUCAGGCCACCAAUAAUCGACCCCCACGCGGUGCAGAUAAAAUACGUGCAGCUUCUGGACCAUCCAUAUUGCCAAGGCCGGAAGAUAUUCUCAUUAAUGAUCCUGAGUUGCGUCAAGAGGAAAACGUGGAAUUACGUUCAUCGGAAACGUCACAUACAGCACCGGUGGCAGCUCCUCACCCACUACCCAUGCCCGAGUAUGGUGGAUAUUUUGCACCACUCACAGAAUUUUUGCCCGAUGUCAGUUUGCCCAUAAGCGGCUUUCAUCGCUGCAACGUUGCUGUCAUGCUGCUAACCGAUAUUGUUGUCGAUGGAAUUCCCGGUAUCGAUUGGACUCUACAUCUGCCAUUGAUGUUGCAUAUUCUAUUCCUGGGCUUAGAUCAUAACCGCGUAAUUGUACGGGAACAUUGCAAGCAAUUGUGUAUGAACUUAUUGAUUGUCUUGGCUGAGCACAAUGACCACUUGACGGUGGCCAGAAUACUUUUGAACAGUGAGACUACAAAACUUGAUUUAGGUUUGACGGUGCCAUCGUUGCCUGUGAUUGAUAAUUACUUUACGGAAUCUCAUCAGGAAUUCGAUAGUUAUCUCUACAAUAAUUGCUACAUUGUAACAACAACAUCAGCUGAGAUGAAGCAGUCCUCAUUGCCCACAACAACAUCCACGUCGACUUCCUUGUACACCAUGCAACCGUAUCAGGUAUCGACAUAUGUACACCAUCAACCCCAAUUUACUGCAACAUCCGCUAAUUUGCAGCCACAGGAUUUGCAUACAAAUUUGCAACAGCCACCACCGAUUAACCAAACAUCGCCACCCAUGCAUGCCGCAUCGGGCCAACAACAGCAGCCAUCUACAGCGGGCACAUCAUCUACACCAUCAAACUCAGCAAUGACGCAGCAUCAGCCACACACUACACAGCAGCAGCAACAAACAAUGGUGCAAAUUAAUCCUAAUACCACCGAAAACUCUGAAGUUCCUUUAAUAAUUACCGCUGACGAAAAUGCCCCACCCCAGCCCGGACCAUCCAUGCCCAUAGUGCAUGUAAUCAAAAGCCUGUUGAAAUUUCUGGCUCAGGAAUCGAGUCAGCCAUUGUGGAAUUAUGAGGAUAUAACGGCAAAAGUUUGGUCCAUUAAAUCCGCCGAGCAGUUGAGUUGCUUCCUUCGCCAUAUUGUUAAGGUGUUUUCGGAUAGCUAUCUGCAGGCUCGCAUUGCCGAGCGCUGGGCCCAGACGGCCCUGCAACUAGGCCUCUCUUGUUCAUCGCGCCAUUAUGCUGGUCGUUGCCUGCAAAUCUUUCGAGCUCUAAAUGUGCCCAUCAACUCACGCAUGUUGUCUGACAUAUUAUCACGUCUGGUAGAAACGGUUGCAGAACAAGGCGAAGACAUGCAAGGUUAUGUUACCGAACUUUUGCUUACCCUUGAGGCAGCAGUCGACAGUUUGGAUUCGGACUUUAGACCCUUGGAUGUUAUGAAGGACAUAUUCAAAAGUACACCAAAUUUGAAUAACAAAGAUGGAGGUCCCAAUUCCAUACUGCCUGGUGGUAAGAAAUCACCCUCAGGCAUGACACCUCAAUCACCAAAUUUCUCGGUACAAAGUCAUGCUCGCAGCACCAGCUAUUCGGUUUCAUAUUGUGCACGAAAAUCGACAAAUUCACCUUGCGAUAAACAAGUGGAACUGCGUAAUCGAAACACUGGCAUAGAUAUGGAGCGUAAUAUGGCAAAAUUUGGCAUAGUCAGUGGUUCGGCAUUGUCGCGCUCUCGUAGCGCCCAGAGUCUGAAAAUGCUGGGCGACACAGCUACACAGGAUGAUAAAAUGACAAUAUUGGCCCAAUUGUUUUGGCUGUCGGUGUCCUUGCUUGAGAGUGACUAUGAGCAUGAAUUCUUGCUGGCCCUGAGACUGUUAACAAGGGUAUUGCAUCGAUUGCCCUUGGAUCGCCCCGAUGCAAGAGAUAAAGUGGAAAAAUUGCAGCAACAACUGAAGUGGACUGGCUAUCCGGGAGUGCAUGCUUUGCUGUUAAAGGGUUGCACUCACACAGCCACAUAUGAACCCACCAUAACAUUGCUAUCGCAAUUUGCCCCUUUGCUCAAUUUGCCUGUUUGUGAUCCUACACAAAGCUGUGCAUUCCCCAUGAAUGUCAUCGCAUUGCUACCCUAUAUGCUGCAACAUUAUGAAGAUGCCAACGAAAUUUGUAUACGUAGUGCUGAAAAUAUUGCCCAAGUUUCCUCGGAAUUGGGGGCCAAAUUGGAAAAUCUUGGCACAGUCAUGACUCUCUACAGUCGCAAGACAUUCUGCAAGGAAUCAUUCCAAUGGACCAAAUGUGUGGUCAAAUAUUUACACGACACUUACGCCCACAUGGGGUUGCAUAUGUUGGCCUUUCUCAUUGAGGUAUUGGAAAAGGGACCACAACAAAUACAAGUGCCAGUGUUGAAUGUCAUCCAUUGCAUGCUACACUAUGUGGAUCUGUCAGCUCCACAGGCCCAGACAAUCAACUCGGAUUUAUUGAGGGCGAUAGGAAAAUAUUUGGAGACUGCCAAUUGGAAAGACUCGCUGAAAAUUCUCAAAUUGAUAGUCACCCGCAGCUCCUCGUUACAAGUGGUGCCACCCAGUGAAGGUGGCAGCGUUGGGUUUUCGUUCUCUUUCUAUGGAACAUAUCCGGAUUCGGAUAUGUUUUGUAAAAAGGAACUUGCCGGACGCACCAUGGAGUUCACUUUCGACGUCUCACAAACUCCACUCAUUGGACGUCGCAUUUUAUUGAAGACUGAUGACAAUGCCGGUGGUGCUAGUGGUGGUUGUGGCACUUCGGGACUGACUGGCAGCAACAAUGCCAAUUCAUCUUCGUCGGCCAAUACCAGCUCUGCCAAUAAUAUGGCAACUCAAAAUCAAAUGAAAUCGAAUGUUGGCUAUAACAACAGCAACCUGCCCCAACAAUCGUCAAUGCAUAGUAACAGCAAUGUGGGCACCCCCAAUUCGCCAAGACGCAGCGCUAGUUUAUCGCCCGCCGAUACGGCUCCCCUAAGUGGCUGGAAACGACCCUGGAUGUGCCAGAGUAGAGUCAGAGAAUGUUUGGUCAAUCUUCUAACCACUUGUGGCCAGCGUGUGGGCUUACCCAAAUCACCUUCGUCUUUAAGCCCUACGCUUCUAACUGGAUCUAUAAUCACCAGGCAAAGCGUUAUAUUCAGCCAGUCUUCGGAUCUCAUGGAACGUCAGUCAUCGGCUGCCUCUUCCACCGAAGAAACUUCUGGGCCUCAGGGUGAUUUAAGCAGUGGAUCUCGUCGUGAUGAUGGCCAGCCCGAUUUUACGGUUUUCAAAGACUUUGAUUUCUUGGAGUAUGAGGACAGCAUUGCCGGUGAAUCGACGGACAACUUCAAUUGGGGCGUCAGACGCCAUCAACUGUUUGAAGGUGAUGAGGACAUGCUUAACUGUGGUGUCGGUGGCAUGGGCGGCGGUACUGGCUCCAUUAAAGGUGGCCACUCUUCGGCUUUGGAGGACAGCUUCAGUGAUAAGACACCUAUUUUGAGUAAGCGACGUCGACAAACAGCCGAUGACUCCUCGGAUGAAGAAGCCGAAUCGGAAUCACCCAUUGAUGAGGAUCAUCGUCAAUCCUUCAAAUCAGGCUACAAUGUGGGACCGCCCACCUCUUUAACUUUGAGGGAACGAAGGCGUCGCAAUUCUGUAUCACGUAGCGACACCAGUGGUUCCAGUGCCGGUGAUUUAGGAGACAUAACUCCUUGUAAUGCUUCACCCCAUCUGCCGGGUAUCAUACGUUUUGGAGCCGCUGUACGCGACGAGGCCGAAGAGAAUUGGCGCAAGCAGUUGCAAGCCAUGCUUAUCAAUCAGCCUUCGGCCCACACCUCUGAGUUACUCAUGCAAUUGUAUCGCCUAAUCAAGGAGUUGACCUUUAAAACCAUCAGCAUAUCCAAGGAGGCUAAGAAAUUUUUCACUGGCAUUGGUUCGCAAUUGGGCAACCGUAUAUCUCUGUUCACCGACUUGCUUAGUUCACGUGCAGACCCACCCCGAGUAUGGUGUAGUGAACAUCAGACCACUACACCACGAUUGUUUGAAACACUACGAUUCAAUGUGUUGGAGGUGCAGGAACAUUUGGAAACAUUCUUUGAUCGCAAAGAUCAAGUUUUGGAGUGUUUGGACUCUGUAAAAACUUCUUGCAAAUUAUCACUGUUCAGUGAAAAUGACGUAGCCGCUUCGGGCCUGGAUUUAGCCUCAAACUCAACUAUACCCUAUAUGCCCUUUGAUCCAGCCUCCACAGAAGUGGUAUUGGAUUUGGGUCGUGCUCUCUACAAAUUGAUGUUCCAGUUGUUGCUGUUAAUCGAAUCAAAUCAUAAAAUUAGUUCAAAUGUGGUCAAUCACUUUAGACAAAAUGAAAAUGUACAUGACAUAUCGGACCUCUAUGCUUUGGUUAGAGACGCUUUGGUGCGUAGCGUCAGCGAAACUGAUUUGGAGACCUUGGAGACUUCCACCUCAACUGAGGGUGAACACACACCCACACCAUCGCCUGGUAUACCCAUGACAAGCGAGGAGUUUGAAACAACGCUCCACGAACUGAUCAAUGCUCAAAAAUGGUCUUCUGCCAUAACACAUGUACGCCAAUACAAGCGUAUUUCGCAAAUGACAGGGUCAAAUUUGAAUUUGACCAUCUUCAGUUAUACCAAUUUGGACAAUCGUCUGAAAUAUGAUGAGAUGUCAAUCAUAUUGAAUGCCUAUGCACAAAGUAUUAUGAAGGAUAGACAAGAAGCAUUUAUCGUCUCAAAAUCGGACUCAGAACACUUUGAGGUCUACGCCAUUUUAUCGGAGAAUUUAUAUCAUGUCUCCAGUGCUUUGAAUACCAUGGAAAUCAACAUGAAAAGUUAUUCGCAAUCACAUGGUUCCAGCUCCUCUCAGGCCUUCCGUAGUGGCGUUGGUGAAUCAAGUGAUGUAGUAACAAAUCUCUAAACAACUCUAAUUUAAGGUAACUUUGUAAUUUUUUAAGAAGUUUAACAAAACUAAAAGGAAAGAAAAACUAAUUUCAAAGUAAAUUUUAAUUUUUGAUCAAAAAUACAAACCCAUUCGCUGCAAGUAUUUCUAGACAUCCAGCGGACAGAAAAAAAACUUCUCUCUCAUUUACGCGAUAAGUUUAGCAAAAUUGAUUGAAUCAUCUAUAAACCUAAGUUUAUGUAAAAUUUUAAAAAUUAAUUACUUAGAAGAGGAGACAAAUGAAUUAAUUCAAAAAUAAUUUAUUUAAGACAUUUUUCAAAAGAACACAUAAUGUUUAGCACACAUUUCCAUUAAUCAUCUUCUAUUCAUAUAUAAACUUUAAACAUAUUAGAUGUUGUAUAGUAUCUUAUAUGUCUUACAUACAGCGUAAAUACGGCACACACACACACACACACACACCAUAAUACAUACUUACCUUCGAGUGUAUUUCGUAAAAAUUUCAUAUUAGGCUAUUUUAUAAGUGACAUACCACACAUAUUCAAACGAACACAAAAACACAUGUAAAAUGCUUAUGCGAAUAAAAUUCAUUAAAACAAA